AAGGUUGCUGUCAGUCAAUUUGCCAUGUAAUCAGAAUAUCAAAACACUUUUCUUAUGUACCGUUCAUCAGUAUUUUUUAAAUCAAGUGAAUUAUAGUUAUUUUAAGUGAAAUUGACGAUACCAUACCAUGGUUAAUCGUCCCGUAGUAACUGGACUCUCCCCGAAGGAAGGUCCGCCGGGAACACGCGUUACAAUACGUGGUGAAUUUCUUGGGGCCAAAUCGAGCGAUUUGGUUGGUCUUACAAUCUGCGGCUGCGAUUGUUUGCUGUCUGCUGAAUGGAAGUCCGAUAAGAAAAUUAUCGCUCGUACCGGGGCAGCCAAAGGGAAGGGUGACAUCAUCGUCACCACAAGAAACGGAGGGGUGGGAACAUCGACCGUGCAGUUCCGAGCUUACUACGAGACUAUCGGUCCGAUGAAAGAAUCGGCUGUUUGGAUUGAAGAAUCCCCAAUGCAAUCGCUAGCUUGGGGAAGGAGAUCACUCGCCCCGACCGGUUACAUUCAGGAGGACCCGUUAGGUUUGUCGAUCGAAGGUAACGAUAAAAAGUUUCCAGAGGAUUUGCGUGAUAUUUUCCCCGACGGAUCCGGUGACUUGUCUCAGGAAAAUUUUCUGCCUGGUUGGUUUUUACUGGAAAACCACCAUGCAACAUCGUUCGAAGAUUUGAAAGCUGGUCUGUCCUAUUUACGCCGGAGGGUUGAAAGUCAAAAGGAAGGCCAACUGUCCUUUCUUAAAUCCAAUGCUGGAUCGGUAAUCGAUCAGCUGGAUACUCUAAUGGCGUUACGGGAUCGCGUAACUCAAGACGCCAAACUGCACGGUAAAGAUCAGGUGAAGGAUCUUGAGUUGGCGAUAAAAAAUUCCAUCACUGCGUCGCAAGAGCUGUUCAAGGACGUACUGGUACGGAAGGAGAAAGCCGAUGCUACGCGGGCUGCACUGUCGGCACUAUCGCGGCAUAAGUUUCUUUUUUGUCUGCCGAAUUCUGUUGAAAAAAGUGCUAGUCGAAAUGAGUUUGAUAUCGUGGUGAAUGACUAUGCGAGAGUUAAAAACUUGUUCGGAAAAACUGAAGUUCCCAUUUUUAAAAAAGUACUCGAAGAGGUGGAUGUUAAGAUUCUCGUCAUUCGCCAGCAGCUUCAUGGUAAAAUUAAAGAAAUGCCGCAAGGUGUCGAACAGCAGAAAAAGUUGGUGAAAGCUCUUAUCAGUUUGGAGGUUCAGCAGGCUGGAACAACAGGAUCUAGCAAGUUUUCGAUUGAAGAUCCAGCCUGGGAUGCUAUUGAAGCUCGCGCGAAAUAUUUAGAAGACACUUUCCUGAAAACCUAUGAGCAGUACACUGCUAAGGAGGGUGCUCCGGGAGAAUCGAAGUCUCGUUCCGAUCCAAACGUUACCCCAAAUCGGGUACAAUUUUGUGAGGAGAUGACAGAGAUUGCUGCCAGCCAAUUUCCGGACUUGUGGCGUUUAGGGCAAGCUUAUUUUACUGGGGAGUUGAGAGCAGUUGGCCAACCUAAACCGGGCAAUUUCAAACGAAUUAUUUUGACGGUUAUUGAACAAUUCUGCUGUUAUUUGAAAACGGCGCUGCUUCCGUCUAAUACUCAACGAUCGUUUCUGGCUGGCAACUUAAAGGGUCUUCCUACCUGGCCAGCCACGAAUCUGUCGUUAAAUUAUUUGAUUACUUGGAUGCCACACUGCUUGCGGUAUGUUCGAGUAUCCUAUGCGACCCUGAUUCGGCUUGAUCUUCCCGGAGAGGCGUUGGAUAUUGUGCUGAAAUUGAUCGACGAACUUCGUCUGUACUGUCUGUCAACAAUUCUUAAGAAAGCCAAUGAAAAGGUGAAAAAAUUGCACGAAAAAGAGACAUGGGAAUUCACUGUGCCGGAUUUUGCCGGAGCAACCGCAUUGCCCUCUAAAUUAGAAGAAAUACUCUCUGAAGCUAUUGAAGAUGCACAAGUAAUUUGUUUAACGCCAGAGGUUCGGGAAUCGUCGCUGCUGGAGCCACAGUCGGAUGGACAGCGUGAAAUGUCGAAACGAAUCCAGGAAAUGUUGGCAACUUUUAGUGGAGUAAUAGAGACUUUAGCUCUACAACGUUCCGAUGAGGACCCACAGCAAUCACCGAUGCUAUCACAGCUAAUUGGCUUUCCGGCAGCGUUACUCCAGCAGCAAGUUUCCGGCGACAAAAGUUGGGGUUCAAGCAUUACAUGGGAGCAUCGGCUGCUCUGUUGUCUGUCUAAUUGUAUUUAUUGUAACAAAAUUUUCUUCCCUAAGCUGGGUACAUUAUUCAGUAAACAUGGUUAUCCAGUACCGACGAUUGCGAUAGAAAAUUCGCGAUCAACGGUGAACAUUCUGUUUAGUAGUCUCCUGGAUAUGUACGUAGAGCACAAAAGUGAUCCUCUUGUGGGUACGAUCGAACCUUCCAUGUACAUCGGACGCUUCCAGUGGGAUCAGGUCGGGCCGUCGGAUAAACUUAGCCCUUAUGCACACGAGUGCUGUGACAAUCUGGUGUCCGUGUAUUCAGAAAUAUUUUCCAUUUCCCCGGUUCUACUGAGACCCGUGCUGGAGCCGAUCGUGCAAACCGUAGCCGAAGAGCUUGCCCGACUUAUGACUUGUGUGCAGAAAUUUAAUGUAAAUGGAGCGCUUCAGGCAAAAAUCGACAUCCACGUGAUACGCGAUGCGGUGCGGGUUUACAGUAACGAUACUGCGAAAUCGUUUUUUGUUGAGGCAUUGGAAGCUAUUCCUCAGGUUCCUGACAGCGAGGAGAGAACACAAGAAUCAGUGAAGCAAAUCAAAAAUAACAUGCGCCUCCAGUUGAUGUGCCUGCAGGUCGUCGAUCCCUGACAUGACGCAAUCAAUUUCAAACUUCUCUACACAAAGACGAACCGAAAAGCCAAUUAAGAUGGUUUCUGAGUUUGCUCUUGCUACUAUGGACUACCGUUUCUCAUGCAAUAUAAAAUGUUAGAAUCUGUUCACAAUUAUUUAUGAAGAAA